AUGGAUACUUGCAAUGCAAUUACCACUCCAGCUGACCCCUGCUCCCGUAUUUCGGCACAAAUGUUACCAUCAACCGAAGAGGAGAAGCUAGAUAUGUCAAAUUUGCCAUACCGAGAAGCCGUCGGUUGCCUGCUGUAUUUGUCCAUCACUUGCAGACCUGACAUUUCUUUCGUCGUCAGUCAAGUGGCCAAGUUUUGCCAAAACCCUGGACGUGCUCACUGGAUUGCGGUAAAACGUGUCUUAUCCCAUCUAGCUAGAACAGACCAAUUCGGUGUCUACUUCGGCCCCUCAACUGCUGAACCACGUCUAGUUGGCUACACGGACGCCGAUUAUGAUGGAGAUUUAGACUCACGGUGCUCCACCUCAGGCUUUGCCUUCUUCGUUAGAGGAAUCCUUGUAUCUUGGUCCAGUAGGAGACAAAAUUGCGUGUCGCAAUCUACCACAGAAAUCAAAUCGAUCCACAACCCGGAAUUUCACCAACGCACGAAGCACAUAGACGUCAGAUACCACUUUAUCCGUCAGCUACAAGAAGACGGAAUCAUUGAUGCAACUUACGUCCCCUCAAAGGAGCAAAAGGCAGAUAUUUUCACAAAACCACUGCCAAAGUCGGAUUUCAAACGAAUGCGCAAGGAGCUAGGUGUGGACGGACCUCUUGCCAAAAAUAGGACGGACUAA